UAUGUUUAAGACUUCUUGCUUCUCUUCAACAGUGGCGCUAUUGAUUUGAGAUCCAGCUUCAUUUCAUGAAGGCUUGGGAUUGAGAUUGGUGGGGAGGGAGAAGGAGUGGAAAGGAGAGACUAGUUAUGGCUGAGGGGAACAGGGGGAGAAGGGUGUUCAAUGUGCCAGCAAUGUGUGGCCGGGAGUUAGAGGCUGAGCUUUCCCGGGAUGGGAGUCAUUACAGCCUCUCCAGCGGGAUGCUUCCAUCUCUCGGUGCCAGGAGCAAUCGAAGGGUUAAGCUUCGGAGGUUCAUCUUGUCCCCUUAUGAUCGUCGUUAUAGAGCAUGGGAGACAUUUCUUAUUAUUCUGGUCAUAUAUUCUGCUUGGGUAUCUCCUUUUGAGUUUGGGUUUCUGGAAAGACCAAAGGGAGGCCUAGCUAUUGCUGAUAACGUUGUUAAUGGAUUUUUUGCCAUUGACAUCGUCUUGACCUUCUUUGUGGCCUACCUGGAUAGAGCAACAUAUCUUCUCGUAGACAAACCAAAAAAAAUUGCUUGGAGGUACACAACCAGCUGGUUUAUUCUAGAUGUUGCUUCAACUAUCCCAUCUGAGGUCGCUCGCAAAAUUCUGCCUCAUAAACUCAGAUCAUAUGGGUUUUUUAACAUGCUUCGGCUUUGGCGUCUCCGGAGAGUCAGCUCGCUUUUUGCCAGGUUGGAGAAAGACAGGAACUUUAAUUACUUCUGGGUUCGAUGUGCAAAGCUCAUCUGUGUUACUCUCUUUGCUGUUCACUGUGCGGGAUGCUUCUAUUAUCUUCUUGCAGCGAGAUAUCAUGACCCCAGUAUGACAUGGAUUGGGGCGUCCAUGCCAGACUUCCGUGAAAGAAGUUUAUGGAUUCGCUAUGUUACAUCAAUGUAUUGGUCAAUCACGACCCUCACAACUGUUGGGUAUGGAGAUUUGCACGCUCAAAACACAAGAGAGAUGAUUUUUGACACCUUUUACAUGCUCUUUAAUCUUGGAUUAACGGCAUAUUUGAUUGGAAAUAUGACCAACCUAGUUGUUCACGGCACCAGCAGAACUAGGAAAUUUAGGGAUACCAUUCAAGCCGCCUCAGGUUUUGCAAAGAGAAACCAGCUUCCUGGACGGUUGCAAGAUCAGAUGUUGGCGCACUUGUGUUUGAAGUUCAGGACAGACUCAGAGGGUCUUCAGCAACAAGAGACACUUGAUGCUCUUCCUAAAGCCAUCAGAUCCAGCAUUUCCCAUUUUCUGUUCUAUUCUCUUGUCCUUAAGGUGUAUUUAUUCCGUGGUGUUUCUGAUGAUCUACUCUUCCAACUUGUUUCUGAAAUGAAAGCCGAGUACUUUCCUCCGAGGGAGGAUGUGAUUCUGCAGAAUGAAGCACCUACCGAUUUCUACAUAGUAGUCACUGGCAGUGUGGAUAUAAUAGAGCACACGAAUGCAACUGAAAAGAUUGUUAGGGAGGCCAGGACAGGUGAUUUGGUUGGAGAAAUCGGAGUGCUUUGCUACAGACCUCAGCCAUUCACAGUUCGCACCAAAAAAUUGUGUCAGCUGUUGCGCUUAAAUCGCACCACAUUCCUAAGUAUAAUUCAAUCAAAUGUCGGGGAUGGAACUAUAAUCAUGAACAAUCUUCUGCAGUUCUUGAAAGGGCAGAAAGACCCUUUAAUGGAAGGCGUCCUGAGAGAGACAGAAAAUAUGCUGGCGCGAGGCCGAAUGGACUUGCCUCUGACUUUAUGUUUUGCUGCAAUUAGAGGAGAUGACCUCUUAUUACAUCAGCUCCUAAAGCGUGGUUUAGAUCCAAAUGAAUCAGACAAUAAUCGGCGGAGCGCAUUGCAUAUUGCAUGUUCCAAAGGAAGCGAGAACUGUGUUCUUCUCCUUCUAGAUUACGGGGCAGAUCCCAACAUCAAAGAUUCAGAAGGAAGUGUUCCGCUGUGGGAAGCGAUACUUGGCAAACAUGAGGCGAUCAUCCAUUUGCUGGUAGACAAUGGUGCAAACCUCUCUGCGGGUGACAUAGGCCAGUUUGCAUGUACUGCUGCGGAGCAAAACAGCUUGGAGCUUCUUGAAGAUAUAGUUCGUUAUGGAGGGGAUGUGACCGUUACAAGGAUGGAUGGCACCACUGCUCUGCACUUAGCUGUCUGUGAAGGAAAUGUUGAAAUGGCCAAGUUUUUAGUGGAACAUGGAGCUGACAUUGAUAAAGCAGACAUGAAUGGCUGGACAGCCAGAGAUCUUGCUGACCAACAAGGCCAUGAUGAGAUAAAAGCCAUCUUUGAAGCCAAAAACGCACGUGAUAACAAAUCUUCCACCACGGCCGACUCGUUACAAGCUCCUCAACUGGUUGGGAAGUUUAGCAGUGAACCUUCAAUACGCCAUGCCAACUUUGAAGCCACACCAUCACCAUCACCAUCACCAUCACCAUCACCAUCACCAUCACCUGGAGAUGCAAUCUUCUCCAGGAAAGGCCACCGAUGGCAGAAGGCUAGUAAUUUUCACAACUCCUUAUUCGGGAUCAUGUCAGCUGCGCAUGCUAAUAAUGUCAGUGCACCUCUCUCUUCCAUGGUGCCUACAAGGUGUGCAGGCGUCUCAGCUGUUCACCAUCACCCUCCCAAACGAGUUACUGUUAGCUGCCCAGAGAAAAGUGGCAUGGCAGACAAACUUGUGCUACUGCCUAGCUCACUCAAUGAGCUGCGACAAGUUGGUGCAAGGAAAUUUGGCUUCUUACCAAGCAUGGUCUUCACCAGAGAUGGAGCUGAGAUUGAUGACAUAAAUGUCAUUAGGGACGGUGAUCAACUUGUUUUGGUUAGCGACAGUUGGUUGAGAGGAGAUGGUAAUAACACCUCACAAGUUUGAAUAUUUAUGGUCAAACAAUAACUUAAUUCCUGCUUUAACUCUCAACUCUCAACCAUGGAGUUGAGUGUUAUAGAGCAGGGGCGCCGCUGGUCGCCUUUCUUAAAAAAAUAAAAAAAAUAAAAAAACCGUUUAUUCUUGAAGAUCUUGAUAAGUUUUGAAAAUCAGGAUCUUUGGAUAGUUGUACUCUGUAUCUUUUCAGUGGGGGCAUGGGUAGAAUACAAAAUUUACUCACUGGUGCUUGGGGACCUUUAUUGAUUGAUUGAUGCAUUGACUUAGCAAUAAACAUCAAUAUAAACAGUAUCAAAUAGUACUGAAAUCCGGAUGUACAGACUUAGCAAUAAAUAACACCGGGUCUGCGGUUUUUUAUUUUCAAUAAAUUUGUAGUUUAUUUAUAUUUAUUUCAAAAAUAAAUAAAUAAAUAAAUAAUAUCGGGUGAAAAGAAUCUGUUGUAUCGACAAGCUUCAUGGAAA